CCACAGAAGAAGAUUAACUGAAAGUCUCCAGGGACAACAAACAGAACAAUGUUCCUGUGAGGCCAAGAGUUUGUUUUGCCAUUUGUUCUCUGUACGUUACCAUGGAAUACAAGUGCUGCUGUGAGUACAAGAAGAAAUAACUUCAUACCCUGCAUUUAUCUCGGACACGUCCUGAAGCUUAAACAGGUUAUAGUGCUCUUCUUUUGCACUGGACCACUCACUGCUUUCUCCAUGGAAAUCCCUCCAUCUGGGGACACUCCACCGACACCUUUGUGUGAGACUCUCCACAGAGAUUUCCGAGAUGAUCCCCCCAAAGGAGAUUUCCCUCUUCAGAAAAAAUCUCCGAAACUCUGUGGCUCCAACUACCCCCUGAGCAUUGCCUUCAUUGUGGUGAACGAGUUCUGUGAGCGCUUCUCCUACUAUGGCAUGAGAGCUGUUCUGACACUAUAUUUCUUAAGCUUCUUCCACUGGGAUGAGAAUCUCUCCACUGCUGUGUACCAUGCCUUCUCUGCAUUGUGUUAUUUCACACCUGUCAUUGGAGCCAUCAUGGCAGACUCGUGGCUGGGCAAAUACAAGACGAUCAUCUACCUCUCCAUUGUGUAUGUUGUUGGCCAUCUGAUAAAGUCAGUGGGUGCCAUUCCAUCCCUGGGCAACCAGGCAGUUCAUGUGGUCCUGUCUAUGGUUGGUCUGUUUUUGAUCGCCCUUGGAACGGGAGGUAUCAAGCCCUGUGUCUCUGCAUUUGGUGGGGACCAGUUUGAAGAGGAACAUACCUCAGAGAGAAGCAAGUUUUUUUCCAUCUUCUAUUUAUCCAUUAAUGCUGGAAGUUUGAUCUCCACGUUUGUAACUCCUGUAUUAAGAGGGGAUGUGAAAUGUUUUGGAGAGGAUUGUUAUGCACUGGCUUUUGGUGUCCCAGCAGCACUGAUGGUGUUGGCACUUGUUGUGUUCAUUGCUGGAAGUGGACUGUACAGAAAAACACCACCACAAGGAAAUGUCUUGCUGCAAGUGUGCAAAUGCAUCGGUUUUGCUAUUAAAAACCGGCUGAAAAACCGCUCCCGUGAGAUUCCAAAGAGAGAUCACUGGCUGGACUGGGCUUCAGAAAAAUACUCAAAACAGCUGAUUGGGGAGGUUAAAAUGGUGACUCGUGUUCUCUUCCUCUUCAUACCACUGCCAAUGUUCUGGGCCCUGUUUGAUCAGCAGGGAUCCAGGUGGACUUUGCAAGCCACAAAAAUGAAUGCUGAUUUUGGAAUAUAUGUCCUUCAGCCUGACCAAAUGCAGUUCUUAAAUCCACUUCUUAUUCUUGUCUUCAUCCCAAUAUUUGACCUUGGGCUCUACCCCCUGAUAAACAUGUGCAAAUUGAAUUUCACACCUAUUAGGAAAAUGGCAACAGGUAUGAUCCUUGCAGGGUUGGCGUUUGGACUUGCAGCUGUUAUAGAAGUCAAAAUAAAUGAAACUGAUAUGCCUCGUCUUGUCCCAAAAGAAAGUUUAAUUCGGGUCCUGAAUUUGGCAAAGAACCCUGUUCAAGUGACAAUCCAAGACAAGGACCUAUUUCAGCAGCCUGUGGAGUCUUUUCAGAACCCAGCUGAGUACUCAAAAUUAAUAUUGAAUGGAGAGCAACAGAGCCUUCACUUCACCCUGCAACAUCAAGGAUUGACUCUUGCUUUUAACUACACCGUGAAGGAAAAAUCAGUAUACAGCUUAAUUGUUUUUGAGGCACAAGGAAGCCUAUCAAGCCGCUUAAUUACAGACUUGGAAGCAAAGCCAGAAAAUGGUUUGGCAGCUGUUAGAUUCAUUAAUGCUUUGAACCAAGAUGUCAACCUCACCAUCAAUAGCAAAAGGUUCAUUGCUGUUCAGAAAAACUACAGUGCUUCUGAGUACUCACUGCUGGAGAGGGAUAUAUAUAAUAAUGGAAAAUGCAUGACUGAAACAGGAGAGUUCCCCCUGGAGCUGGGGCUGCUUGACUUCGGUGCCUCAUACACCGUUGUGAUAACUAAUAUUUCUGGAGGUGCUGUUGAGACGUGGAAGUCAGAAGAUAUCAAAGCCAACAAUGUCCAUAUGGCCUGGCAGUUACCACAAUAUUUACUGAUAUCUGCUGGGGAGGUGAUGUUCUCCAUUACAGGUCUGGCCUUCUCCUAUUCUCAGAUGCUGCAGGUUGGGGAAAACCCGGAUUCAGCUCUGCAACAACAGCACCUCCUGCUUCUUCAUGUGUCCUCCUGUCCAUGUUUUGAAAGGUCCUUGUAUGCAGAUGUUGAGAUUAACCACGCCACACAGAGAAAAUUCCCCCAUCUCCUCCUUAGGCUGUGCCCAGUGACACCUAUAGUGGGCAGGACUCCAGAGGGUGAAGCAGGGCGGAAGGGCACAGCACGAUUCCCACUGAUCAGGCCCUUCUCCUCUUUUCAGUCUCCAGCCAGCAUGAAGUCAGUGCUGCAGGCAGGCUGGCUGCUCACCGUGGCUGUGGGGAAUACCUUUGUGCUCAUUGUUGCCGAGGCUGCACCAAUGGCACAGUGGGCUGAAUUUGUCUUGUUCACUGUUCUCCUCUUUGCUGUGUGCAUUAUUUUCUCCAUCAUGGGAUAUUUCUAUGUCAGUGUGGAUCCAGAGGACCUAGAAGAAAAGGAAGAGAAGAGAGAGACCUCAAGCAGAGGAAACAUGAUUGGUCUUGUUACUCAGAAAACAAAGCUCUAACACAUCAUGGGUUGGAUUUUUUUUUUAAACUCACUUAGGAGAAGGUGAAAGAAGGAUGGGGACAGCGUUAUUUUAUUUUAGAGCAUUGCAGUCUUUGUUACUCAAAAUGUAACCACCUUAUAAAUAGGACCAAAUGGCCCUCUAUAAAAACAAUGGGGGUCCUGAAAUCAGAACAAAACUCCCUGGGAAAGCACCUCAGGUAUUAAAAGCCCUUAUUAGUAAUUACAUGUAGUUUAAAACCUGCCCAUCUUUUUAAGCAUAGAAUGCUUUCCUAUGAUUUUGCCUUAAACAUAUAUUUAGGGCAGCAGGGAGGAAGGGUGGAAGGAAUGCCAUAUGACACAAAAAUCUGGAAAUGUUAUGAGAGAAGAAAGAGGAAAAACUAAUAUAGGAAUUAGAGAAGAAUAGAUGUUAGUGACAGAAGGAUUUUUAAUGCUAUCAUCAAGGACUGUAAGGGUUACACACAAUCCCAAAGGAUUUCAUCAUGUAACUCUCCUUAUGAGUAUUUCAUCCCAUUAUUGCAUGUUAUGAAUGGUUCUGAUUUAUGAUUUUCACCUUCAGACUCAGAAGUAAUAACAGGGAAUUAAAUUCUGCAGGAUAAAAUAUUCCCAAAACACUACUGAUGAAGACAAGCAUGCUACCACCUCUCCCAUUUUCCCCCCUAGAAGUUUUUAGCAACUGAUGAUGUUCUUUGAUUACACAUGAUUAGAGAAUUGCUUUAUGCUUUCUUAUUUCAAAAUUCCAGACAGUUAUUUGCCAUUUUCCUAUACAUUAAGCCUUUAUUGGGCAUUUCCUUUUACAGCACCUGUCACUGCAAGUUAGGAUAUAGCUGAUUUCUUAUCUCAUGUCUCAGUUAUUCCCCACUGGGAGACAAGUUGCAGUAGUUUCUAUAAAAUUCCAGGCAUCCUGCAGGGAGUUAUUUACGAGGAUGCAGUUUAUCAUUUUCUCAGUCUACAAGAGGAGACCAUGGCAUAUGAGAUUUUUCUUUUUCCUCCUUGUUUUUCUGUCUCUACCAGACUCUGGAUAUAGCAAUUUUAUUGGAAUUGUGAUAUAAUUGUCUGAUUUUCCUCAAUUGCGUGAAGCUGUGAUUUCAUGUUCUGCAUAGGAGUAAUCCAACCACUGCUGAUCUAGUAAAACUCCUGAGAGAGU